AUGGCACCAGGUGAAGCAGAUACAGAAAUUUUACUAAAAAGACUCUAUAGCAAAAAAAUGGAGAACCCACGUUGGAUAAUUUCAAUGAAGCUUGAUCCAGAAGAAAGGUAUCAAGAGGAGAAUGAUUAUUGUGAGUUUGUGAAUUGGAAGCAAAUGAUACCACAAAUAGGAUGUCAAAAUAUAGCAAAUGCUAUUUUUAGACUAGUAAUAGAACAGUUAAAAGAGUUUGUAAUGCGAAAUAUCUUGAAGAAGCAAAAGGAGCAAAUGAGUCUAAGUCUUUAUUAUUAUGCUACAGAGGUUGAGCUUGAAGUUGUUCUUUCUAAAGAGCAG